UUUAUCUAAAAAUGGCGGACAUGAAUGCAGAAGUUGUUGUAAUCGGAGGUGGAAUAAGCGGCCUAUGUGCUGCCAAGCUGUUGAACGAAAGCGGUAUUGAUGUCAUUGUUCUAGAAGCCCGAGAUCGAGUCGGAGGAAGAACUCAAACGAAGAUAGACCCCAGAUUCAAGUACACCGACUUAGGUGGAGCCUACAUUGGCCCAACUCAAGAUCACAUCUUGCGUGUUGCAAAGGAACUCGGGGUAGAAACCUAUAAAGUAUAUUUUAAAGGCAAAGUUUCUGAGUACUUAAGUGGAAGAAGGCGAGAGUACGAAAGUGAGACGUCCUCGUGGAAUCCUAUCGCUAUUUUGGAUUAUUUUAAUCUGAUUCGUACACUCGAYAGAAUGGCUGAUUCCCUUCCAUUGGAAAGUCCUUGGGAUGCUCCUAAUGCUUUAGAGUGGGAUCGUAUGACUGUUGAAGAAUUUUUCAAUAAGAGUUGCUGGACUAGCUACUGUAAGAAACGUAUGGUGCAAAUAUUCCAUGAUGCUAUGGCUGCAGAACCCUGGGACAUGUCUCUCCUGUACUAUCUUUGGUACCUGAAGUCAUCGUAUGGUGUUUUGAGAAUAGCUGGUACAGAGAAUGCUGGCCAGGAAAGAAAGUUUGUAGGAGGAUCGCAGCAAAUAAGCAUCAAACUUAAGGAUAAACUUGGGRAGCAUAGGGUUAUUUUAAACAGUCCAGUCAAACAGCUUGUUCAAGAUGCAGAUGGUGUGGUUGUCACAUGUGAGAAUGGGAAAAUCUGUAGAGCAAAAUAYGUUAUCAGUGCCAUGCCUCAAGCUCUACUGAAUCAGAUCUCAUUUGAACCUCCACUCCCACCAUUAAAGAAUCAACUUAUACAAAGAAUACCCAUGGGUUCAGUCAUUAAAACAGUCAUAUUUUAUGAGAAGGCCUUCUGGAGAACAAAGGGUUUGAGUGGUAUCAUCAUUGCUGAUUCUGAAUCUGGUCCAGUUCAAGCAGCUUUAGAUGACACAAAACCUGAUGGCUCGUAUCCUGCUAUUAUGGGGUUCAUUAUUGGUGACCAAGCACGCAAAUGGUGUACAAGAACACCAGAGGAGAGAAAACAAGCUGUGGCAGAGCAGUAUUCUAAGAUUUUCAACUGCGAUGAAGCUCUUCAUCCUAUAAACUACAUUGACAAAAACUGGCCAGCAGAGAAAUAUUCUGGUGGUUGYUAUGUUAGUGUUGUGCCUUGUGGUGUUUUAACAAAGUAUGGCAAGGCUUUGAAAUGUCCUAUUGGAAGACUUUUCUUUGCUGGUACAGAAACUGCUACUAUAUGGUCAGGAUACAUGAAUGGUGCAGUCCAAGCUGGUGAAAGGGCAGCGAGAGAAGUUCUUCAUGAAAUGGGAAAGAUAUCCAAGGAUGAUAUAAAUCAAGUAGAACCUCCAUCAACAGAUGUUCCUCCAGUUCCAUGUGAGCUUACUGCCUUUCAGAGGAAUUUGCCUUCUGUUCCUGUGUUCUUGUCGGGAAUGGUUAUCAUUGGUGGAGCUGUUGGGGGAUGUCUUGCCUAUAGAUACUUAUUCAAAUAGAAAACUAAUAAUUUAUACUUGAUAAUUAAACUAAUGGUGAUGGUGAUGAUAUAAUAUAUAAUCAGCAAGAGUGAGAAAUUUGGUGAUCAAUUUACAAAAUCAAGAACAAAAAUUAUGAAAGGCUGCAUACAUAAAUCAGUCAGUUUUAAUGUACUAGGUUUUUACAAAUUUUUCCUAUUUAAAUAAAUAGCUUGGUUAUUUAUUCUAAUAUUUACAAAGAAAAUCAAKAAUAUUUUCUUAAAUAAUAUUUUGCCCUUAAAAAGGUUUUAGGCUUUCCCUUUUCAAAUCAAAUUCUAGUCUAAUAUGCAUAGUUAAAAAUUAAAAUAAAUAAU